AUGGACCUGUCUAUGACAGAACAAAAAAAUAUUUGCUUUACGGCUUUUCCGGACUCGAACGUAUUUGAAGUAGGAGAUCAAGUCUUUAACAUUCGCGUCAAAGCAAGCACAUCGAAAUUCGCUGUUUCAGGUCCAACGGCAGAGGCUGGAUUCCUAUACGGCUAUGUUUUCUUUAGACAAAAAAAAGACUCUACAAUUAGAAGAGGCUAUUUUCAGAAAUCAUUAGUUUUGCUGUCACAACACCCUUUCGUUGGAUUGUUUCCAAGGUUAAUCUCCAUUUUGGGUCCAUCCUAUUUUGAGUUAGGACAGCCCAUGUUGGAGGCAGCAUGUAUGAAUAUAGCACAAUGGGUAGCACCGGAGGAAGGCAAAAUCCUUGAUUUACCUUUCUUGGGACGACUGUUGCAAGUAGAGUUACCAACAGCAUUCAAACCGCAGUUAUUGGAAACAACACCAUUCGAUAUGAACAAAUUAAAACCAGACCUACAGAUUAUGGCAUCUCUACCCGUGAACGGCUUAUACCAUCAUUUUAAAGACAUAUUGAAGGAUUUAUGGUUAUUAUGGGAGUUGAUGCUUUUGGCAGAACCCAUUGUUGUUAUGGCACAAGACCCAAGUGUAUGCAGUGAAGCUGUGGUCUCUUUGGUUGAUAUCAUUAAUCCUAUACCCUAUUGCGGCGACUACCGUCCUUAUUUUACCAUACAAGAUUCCGACUUCAAGUCUUUUGUCAAUAAAAACAAGCCCCUUUCAAGCUUACAUGGACCACUUGCAAAAAAGACAAAACCUGGAGUAGGAGGAAAGUCGAAUAUGCUCUAUAGCUUUGUGCAGGGUGUUACCACAAAACGCAAAUCUACCAUAGCAAGAGAUCGUGAUUUGAUCAAAAUGCUCACAGAAGCCACAGUGAGAGGAUACCCUCCAGAUUGGGUGCUGAAUAAUAUACUUCGACGCCAUUUUGUAGAUUUGACAGAGAAAUUCCUUGUUCCCUUAAAUAGAUAUUUCACUACACUCAUUCCCGUAAAAAUACCAGCAAACGGAGAUGUUCCUAGACUCAAGCCUUUUCAAACCGACCAAUUUAUGAAAUCAUUAAAAGAGCACGGGCCACAGCUACCGUUGAAAAGCACCUUCAAAACUCGUACAUCAACCACAGAUCCUACAAAGGAACUAUACUCUCAGUUUUUAAAGUGUGGAAAUUUUGCGACUUGGCUUCAGCAGCGAACAUUAAAAGCGGAGCAAGAGAUAAUGAAAAGACGAAGCAAACAAUAA